GCCUUUGCCGUGAGGCAUUGAGGGAGUUGUAGGCGGCGGCGGCGGCGCGGGCCUGGGCAGAGGCGCUGUAAAUCCUGGAUCCUCCAUUCCCAUGGCUGGGCGCCGAGGAGCUGCCUGACAAUUCCAGGACAUGCUGAUUCUGUUUUGCCAGGGAAGAGAUGGGGAAAAGGUACUUCUGUGACUACUGUGACAGGUCCUUCCAGGACAACCUGCACAACAGGAAGAAGCACCUCAAUGGAGUGCAGCAUCUCCGGGCUAAGAGAGUCUGGUACGACUUAUUCCGAGAUGCUGCUGCUAUCCUGCAGGAAGAGCAAGUCAAGAAACCUUGUCGGAAGUUUCUGCAAACAGGACAGUGUGAUUUUGGGUCCAACUGCAGAUUUUCUCACAUGACAGAGCAGGACCUGGAGAAGCUGAGUGCUCAGGUUCAGGGAGAUGGGGUUCCACAUCGUGCCAGGGAGGCAGCUGAGGGAUUGCAUCUCCUUGCUGGGUGGGAUCUGAAGGAUUUCCUGUGCAUCUCCUUGCUGGGUGACCCGCCCAUACUGCGGGUUCAAUCUCUCACACAGCAAUGCCUUUUUCAAGAAGAAAACCCAUGAGGAGAGAAGAUAAAUGUGGACCCACUCUGGCAUCAUUAGAGAUACUUCACGACUACAGAUGCUCUUUUAAUUGGCUGUAAUUAGACUUGGGAGCAAACACCACAGUGAGGAGGAGGAGGAGAGAAGCACCUUCACACCUGUCAGGCUGCACGGCCACGUGUGGGGAGCAAUGGCCUUUCAGAGCUGUUUCUUGGAAUAGCUGUUGGCAUUCAGGGAGUAUUUCCAGUCUCAGGGUCUGUUUGGUGGUCCCUGGAUGGGAUGUGCGUGCUCCAGAGGGACGUGGACACCAUCAAGGUGAGCAGAGCUGGAGAGUUGCCUGUCCCUGCUGCUGUAUUUCUGAGCCUGAGGUUUGGAGUGCUCUGGAGCAGCAGCUCCUGGAGCUGUGAGAACAGCUGGAUAUCUUUCUCAUGUGGGUACCUGGGGGACAUUGGGACAUUGCAAAUCCAGAGUGGUUCCACAGCAUCCAGUGAACUUUCCUGGCUGGGAUCAUGAGUUGUGGCUGCUCCAUCCCUGGUGUGGUACCGUGGGGCUCCCUGUUCUGAACAGAGAAGCUUGGGCUGUUUGUGGUCUGUUCUCUGUUGGGGCUGGGAGUUGGAUGAAGAGGAAAUUGCAGUGGUACAGAGAGGUGGGAGAGAUUCGCUCCAUUUUCUUCCCUGCCUCAUCAGAGCUUCUCACAGAUGCUGCUUGUCUGUCCCCUUGCCAAGGUGGGACGUGCUCAGGAGAUGGAAAAACAUGGAACAUAGGGAAAAAAGGUGCUCAAGGUUGUCAGAUGAGUCUAACCCUGAGUGUGAGCAGUGCCCAGCUUCCCAAGCUGAGCUUCUUGCCUCCCCAUCCCCCUACCUGGCCAGCUGGUUGGGUUGACCCCAGGUAGCUCUGCUGGGGCUUUGCUCCCUGGGAACAGCUGUGGGAGACUGGAACAUUGCUGUCCCCAUGCUCCUCGGUGGGUUCAGAGCAGCAGCCGGACAUCAGGACCACAGCGGGCUUUCUGUGGUGGCACUGGGCACAUCGUCACCCCGCCCAGCAGCAGCAGCUGAAAAGGCUGGAUGACAAAUUAUCCAUCUGGCUGCUCAUUGUGUAGCACAUCCCUGCCAUCCUGAUUUAGUAUUCAACAGGCAGAUGAAUAAUUGGUUGCCACCAGUAGGAUGAAGUGAUCCUUCACUCUGCCCAAGCACUAUUAAUUUCACACCCUGUCUGCAAAGGUAUAAUAUUUUCCUUAAAACGUGUGACAUGUGGUGGGUGGGUGUGGAGCAGGCUCCUGAGGGGCACAGCUGCAGGUGCCUUGAUCCCUAAAUGGGAUCAGGGAUCCCCCAGAAGGAUAGAUGAGCAGGGCUGAGGGAAUGACAUGCAGCUGCCUCUGCUUCCUUUUUAUUGUCACCAGUGUUUGGUUUUCUGAGUUCCCUGUUCUGUUAGGUGGGAAGUUUCCACUAGGCUGGAGAUGGGAUCACAGGGAGUGUGUCCUCAUCCCUGCUGUGCUGGCAGGAGUGUGGCUGUGUCAGGACUCCUGCUAGACCUGUUCAGCACCAGCUGCCUCCCUGCAGCUGGGGGGGACUGGGGAGCUUUGCUAACUGGGCAGCUGUGGGUUUGUGUGGUUCUGUGCCCUUCUCCCCAGGGUGUGCCUGUGGGCUUCUGCCCCACACAGCCCUUCCAGAGUGAUUGGAGGGUUAAAAUCUUGAUUCAGUAAACAGCAGAGAUUUCCUACUGGUUUCCUUCCUUGGUCCUAACCACGACGAGAAACAGAACAAGGAGUAAUGGGUUCAGACUGAAAGAGGGGACAUUUAGAUUAGGUACAGAUUGGACUCAAAGAUCUCUCUUAAACCUGAUUGAUUCUGUAAUUCUGUGAUUUAUGGAAGAAAUCCUUCCCUUUGACAGGAUGAGGCCCUGGAACAGGGUGCCCAGAGAAGCUGUGGCUGCCUCUGAACCCCUGGAAGUGUCCAAGGCUGGGUUGGACAGAGCUUGGAGCAGCCUGGGACAGUGGAAGGUGUCUCUGCCCAUGGCAGCGUGUGGGACUGGAUGGGCUUUGAGGUGACUUCCAACCAAACCAUUCCAUGGUUCUAAAUUCAAGGACUGGUUCUCUCUGCCCUGGUUCUGCCCCUGGGCUGGUGACAGCUCUGCCUGGGCUGUGCAGGGGUUGGGGACACAUCAGGCAGGGAGCUUCUUAACCUGCCCUGACAGCAGCUCUGGGAUCUGUCUGCCGGCUGGAACACGCACCCGGAGCUGUUCAGACUCUCCUGGGCUGCCAAGGCUGCAUCGAUCCGGACACUGUCCCUGUCAUUCCCACCUAACAGGGCAGGGGUGGCACAGUCACUGCUGCCAGCUGGAGGGACACGGCUCUGGAAAUGGCUCAGUGCCAGCGGAGGCUGUGCCAGGCGAGGAUGGGGGUGAUCUGCCCCGGGGGGAGAUGUCAGACUCUCCUCAGUGCCCAAACUGCCACCGUGCUGGUUUAGCUCUUGUCCCCUGCUCUGCCUGGCUGCAGCUGUCACCAGGGAUGACUCCAAGCUUCAGAUGGCAGGAGGGCAGAGGAGGAGGAGGGGCUGCCACAGGCAUGGUGCACACUCUCCACCCUGUAAAACUGUGCAGGGUAAUGAGCAGCAGGUUUAAUGGAGUGAAAGGACAAGGGUCUGGUGGCCCUUUCAUGGCCCUCCCUCUGAUCCAUCCCUCUCUGAUCUCAAUCUUUCUCU